AUGGCUGUCCUUUCUACACAUAAUCCUGUAUCUAAUUAUGUUAAAUCAGAAGUAUUAUUAUGCAAAUCAAUACCCAAAUACCAUCUAUGUUGUAGAUAUACAAAUGCGACUUCACUUAACAAUAAGUUCGAUUUGUUUUUGUUAGAAAUAGCAGUGUAUAAUCCUGACAUAUUUAUUGUAACUGAAACUUGGUUUAACUCAUCAAGUGCCAUAAAUUUAAGCGGGUAUAAUGUUUUUUACAACAAUCGAUCUAAAUCUAAUUCAACUAAAUCUCAUGGCGGAGGUGUAGCUAUUUAUGUUAAAAAUAAAUACAUUGCUUAUACUCCAUAUGACCUAGCAUCUGAAGAAAUGACAGUUGAACAAGUCUGGUGUGUCAUUAAAACAGAAAAUGAGAAUAUCUUAAUUGGUCUACUCUUAGCCGGAGACCUAAAUUACCCAAAUAUAAAAUGGAAUAAGAAUGAUGAGAAUAUCCAAACAGUGUUAAAAAAUGAUAGACAAGCACAAAUUUUUUUAGACAAUUUAAAUGAUAACUUUUUGACUCAAAACGUCACAAAACCAACCUUUAAUUCAGGGACACUGUCAGAAGGCAAUACCUUAGAUUUGAUUUUAACCGAUGCACCAGAGCGUAUUUCGAUCAUAGGCUAUAGUCCUCCGUUAAGCAAUUUAAAUAAUGCACAUCAGAUAUUGUAUUGGAAUUACAUCUUAAAAAAACCAACAACAUCAAAAUCUUCCUAUGGGAAAUCAAAGUUUAACUACAAAGCCGGAAAUUAUCAAGAAAUGAACAAUUCAUUCCAUAGUAUAAGAUGGUCACAUAUUUUUUCUAAUAAAAACGUUGAUGAAUGCUACAAAAUUUUUGUAAAUAAAUAUCAAGAAUUAUCUGACUGUUAUAUACCUAAAAAAGUGCAUAAACACAUAGCUUUAAAACCAUAUAUUGACAAACAAAUUAAGACUGAAAUCAGACAUAAAACAACCUUAUGGAACAAAUUAAUAUCAAAUAAAUCCAAAUCACCCAUUUUGGUUCAGCAAUACAAAAUACAAAGAGGAAUAGCUUCAAUGUCUAAUGAAUAUAAUAACAUUGUAACAAAUAGAGAAUCUAUAGCAAAUAUUUUAAACAAUAGUUUCAAUUCAAUGUUUGUGUUAAAUAAAUGUCAUAGUACUCUCUGUGAACCAUUACAUUUAAUAUAUAUAAAAUCGUUGACUGAGAAAAAAUUACCUGAACUCUGGAAAUUAGCAAAUAUAACACCAAUUUUUAAAAAAGGUAAUACGAACAUUGCAUCUAAUUACAGGCCAAUCUCAUUGACUUCUAUCCCAUGUAAAGUUUUGGAAUCACUCAUUAGAGAUGAAAUUAUGGAUUAUCUAAUAAAUAACAGCUUAUUAAAUGAAAAUCAGCAUGGGUUCAGAAAAAAUAAAAGCUGCACAACAAACCUAUUGGAAACUCUUGAUAUCAUAACAGAUGCACUAGAAAAUGGCCACUCAGUUGAUAUGUUGUAUCUAGACUUUGAAAAGGUUUUCGAUAAAGUACCACACUCGCGUUUGAUCACUAAACUUCAAUCAUAUGGUAUUGUGAGAAAUUAUCUGGGAUGGAUAGAAAACUUUUUAACUAACAGAAAACAGAGAGUGGUCCUUGGCGACACAGUCUCAGAUUGGCUACCAUUUAUUAGUGGUGUACCACAGGGGUCAGUUUUAGGACCACUGCUGUUUUUGAUUUUUAUUAAUGAUUUGCCAGAUCAAGUCAAAAACCCUAUUAAACUUUACGCUGAUGAUAGUAAAAUAAUAAAUAUUAUAAAAAAUCCUAAUGAUUCAAUAAGCCUUCAAAAUGAUAUAAAUAACAUAAUGGCAUGGUCAUCUAUUUGGCUCACAAAAUUUAAUUAUGAAAAAUCUGAACGUGAUUUGGGUAUAAUGGUUCAAUCCGAUUUAAAAUGGCACUCACAAGUUGAUUCAGCAACCAGCAAAGCAAACAGAAUGUUAGGUACCAUAAAGAGAAGCUUUAAAUAUUUAGAUGUAAACAUGGUAAAAAUGCUCUAUACAACGUUCAUACGUCCACAUCUUGAGUUUGCGGUCCAAGCAUGGUCUCCAUUUUUAAAACAAGACAUAGACAAGAUUGAGAAAAUCCAAAAAAGAGCAACCAAACUAGCACCUACAAUUAGGAAAUUAUCAUAUGAGGCUAGGUUGAAUAUUAUGCAAUUAACGUCACUGGAAGAACGUAGACUACGUGGAGAUCUGAUUCAACAAUAUAAAAUUCAGCAUGGCCACGAUAAAAUAAAUUGGGUUGCUAACGAUUGUGGAAAUGCAUUGGAGGAGGGUCCAUGUCUGCGACAACACAAAUUCAAAAUGAGGAAGCCUUUCAGCAGAAAUACCUUCAGGUAUCAUUUUUUCCAAAAUCGAGUUGUAAAUGCGUGGAACAGCUUACCAUCCAAAAUAAUAGAAGCUACUUCAAUAAAUAACUUCAAAAACAAACUAGACAGAGCUGGAUUUUGCAGAAACUAUUUGUUAAAACACAAACAAAAGACAAAAUGA